CCGCCGGCCACGCCGGCCACGCGACUCCCAUGGCAUGGCCACAGGCCACAUAGCAGCCGUAGCGUCCUUGGCCCGACGCUCCAAAUGGCAAGAGGCAUUUGCACAGCACCACCAUGGCCCUGGGUUUGUGGCGCCACGCGCCCCGGCACUGGCAGAAAGCCGUGCAGCUGCUACAACGCUGCAGGGAUUCACGGGUGGCACUGGACGUGGUGUGCUUCAGCAGCCUGGCGCGAAGUCUGGAAGAAAGCGCCUUGUGGCAGAAGAGCUUGCGGCUCCUGCAGGACAUGGACACCCAAAGCAUCCAGCCCAACGCUGUGACGCUCACGGCGGUGUUUCGAGCCCUGGGCCGCAGCGGCCAAGCGACAACGGCGCGAGAGCUGGCUGAGAGAAUGGAGAGGAGGCGCUUGGAACUGGAUGCCUUGGCCAUGGUGGCCCUGAGCUUCGCGCAGGAACAAGGCUCCCAGUGGCACAGGGCGCUGGCGGCGCUGGCGGCGUCACCGGGGCCACCGGGGCCACCGGGGCAGAGCUCCCAUGCGCCGCCUGCCCUGGGAGUGGCCCUGGCAGCCUGCGAAAAGGCCGCGCUGUGGAGGGAGGCACUGCAGCUGGUGGACAGCUGGAGUAAACUCGGAUUGAAUGGGAUGAUGGUCAACAGCCUUCUCAGCACCUUCUCCAAAACCUUAAAGUGGAAGCUCUCCCUGCUGCUGAGUGGCGCUUGGGAUGACCCACUCGAUGCAGUGGGCUUGGCCGCCCUCUUCUCUGCAUGUGAAGAAGGACGAGGCGCUACCCCCUUGUCACCGAGCAUGUUCAAUGGAGAUUUCAGGAGGCGCACGGUUCCCUCAGUCCGCUUCUGGGGAACUGAAGUGACAAAGCUGGAAGAACUGCAGAGCAGGGGCCACCUUCCAGCUCAGGCAGCAUUAGCCUUUCGUCGAGGUGUAGUGUCUCCACUGGUGGACAGACUGACAAGGUCGCAGAAGGGCGUUGCAGAGCCGAUUGAGGAAGUUCUGGACCUGGGCUUGAGCUUCACGCGGGAGGCGCUCAACGAGUUCGGUGCUGGACGAGGAUCGCUCCUUGCUUCCUCAGACGCCGAGCAUUGGAGCGGCCCUGUGCGCCUGCGGAGCUAUCAGCCACUACCGACGAGGCCUCUUCGGCUGUCACUGCCUGUGGAGGCACAUGUCUUGCUCUCACGAGAAGAUAUGAAGCUCGCCAGCCUUUAAAGCUGCAGGUAUGGACGGAGAUUUCUGCUGCAAGAUGUAAUUCGCCUGCCUUGAGGGCCGGGAUCAAAGUGAGACGCAGCGCAGCUUGCAGGGCCGAGAUCAAACUUGUUGUGACCCAAAG